AUGGCUUCCCCGGGGAUCACCGUCCGCCUCAUCGGCGACCCCAGCGCGGGGCCCCCCCAGGCCGCCCCACACUGGGGGCAGCGGUACCAGGAGCUCAAGAGGCAAUGCCUGCGGCGGCAAAGUCUCUUCACCGACCCGCUCUUCGACGCCGUCCCCAGCUCGCUUGGAUACUGGCAAUUCGGACGUGGGUCUGAGAAUAUCCAGGGGCUGGAGUGGAAGAGGCCCCAGGAAAUCUGCAGGUCCCCAAAGUUCAUAGAAGAGGAAAUGAGCCGGACUGAUGUCAAACAGGGCCAGCUGGGCAACUGCUGGUUCCUGGCUGCAGCUGCGUCUCUCACCCUCUACCCACGGCUCAUGCAGAGGGUGGUACCCAGAGAGCAAAGCUUUGCACGAGAGGACUAUGCUGGCAUCUUCCAUUUCCAGCUCUGGCAGUACGGGCAGUGGGUGGAUGUGGUGGUUGACGACCGGCUGCCUGUGAAGAACGGCGAACUGGUCUUCGUGCAUUCCUGCCAGAGCAAUGAAUUCUGGAUGCCCCUACUGGAGAAAGCCUAUGCCAAGCUCAAUGGCUCUUACGAGGCCAUGAACGGCGGGUACAUGAACGAGGCCUUUGUGGACUUCACGGGCGGGGUCGGCGAAAGCUACCAGCUCAAGAUGCCCAACCCAGAGCUCUUCAAGGUUAUCCGCGUGGCCCUCAGGAAGAGGUCUCUGAUGGGGGCACACAUCAAGAUCUCCCAGAAAGAGGACAUGGAGGGACUCAUGCCAGAGGGGCUGGUGAAGGGACACGCCUACUCCAUAACGGCUGCUCGCAAGCUGGAUCACAGGGGCAAGAAGUUAAAGCUGCUGCGGCUGAGGAACCCCUGGGGAAAGGUGGAGUGGAACGGCCGGUGGAGCGACCACUCCUCGCUGUGGGCAGGGCUGGAUCCCCAGCUCCAGAAGAGCCUACAAGUGAGAAAGGAAGACGGGGAAUUCUGGAUGCAAAUGGACGAGUUCCUGCGGUACUUUGACGGCCUGGAGAUCUGCAGCCUGACUCCAGACUUGCUGGAAGAGGAGGAGGUGGUCGCCUGGAACGUUCACUCCUUCCAGGGGCGCUGGAGCAUCGGCUAUACCGCCGGCGGGUGCAGGAGCUCGGGCCUUCGAGACAACUUCUGGAUGAACCCCCAGUACAAUGUCCGCCUGCUGGAGGCGGAUGAGUCCAACCUGCGGAAGCAGCGCUUGGACCCCAGCUGCACCCUGCUGGUCUCCCUGAUGCAGAAGGACCGGCGCCAGGGCAGGAAGAGGGGAAAGGACUUUCUGCCCAUUGGCUUUGAGAUCCUGAAGAUGCCCAAGGAGUACCUGGAGCAGAAGACCAUGUCCCAGAGGAGGGCGCUGCUCCAGCCUCUCCAUGCUGUGUGUUGGACCUCGCACAUCCCUAUGAGGGAUGUCACCGGACGCUACAGGCUGCCGCCAGGGGAUUAUCUCAUCAUCCCCAGCACUGGCUACCCGAUGGAGGAGUCCGAUUUCAUCCUGCGCAUCUUCACGGAGAAGGCACACAAGUUCCUGGAAAUCGAUGAUGAAAUCAGAGCAGACAUGAGACCCCCUCAGAGAAUCCCCAACGAGGAGGAAUUCGAGCAAACCUUCCUGAAGCUUGCAGGACUGGACAAGCAGAUCGACACUGCCAAAUUGCAGGAUAUCCUGAACAAGGUCACGGCAAAGCAGAGUCAACUGAAGACGAAUGGGUUUGGCCUGGAGCUCUGCCAGAAGAUCAUCCAGCACUUUGAUCGGCAUCAGCACAGCAAGACCGGCAAACUGACGCUGCCAGAGUUCAAGCACCUGUGGAGCAAAAUUAAAGAAUGGGAGGCUGUCUUUAUCGAGUACGACGUGGACCUCACAGGGACAAUGAACAUCCAUGAAAUGCAGCUGGCGCUGGAUGCAGCAGGUUUCCACUUGAACCACCAGCUGAGGGAGGUCAUCACAAGCAAAUACCGCGACUGCUACCUGAUGAUCAACUUCGACAGCUUCCUGUCCUGCAUGGUGCAGCUGGAAGCCAUCUUCAGGCAGUGCCGAGCGUAUGACAAAACCGGUGAUGGGAUGAUCACCAUGACGCAGAAGGAGUGGCUGGAGCUUGCUACCCUCACCUAA